AGGUUCUGUGGUUAUAAUAUAGGAAGUGGAAGGGAGAUUAUAAUUGUUUACCAUCAUUUAUCAGUUAUUAUUUAUCACACUGAAAAACGUUUUCUUCGAGCAUUUGAGCUCGUUUAUGAAUUGUUAACUGUUUACUCAAACUGUUAAUGUAAAUAAUAUUUUAUAUAAUUUCUAUCAUUCCAAUAGCUUUAUUGUGGUUAACGAUUAAACAUUUUAUUUUGUUAAGGCAUUACUGCAUUUCCAAGCAUUGAAAAUUGUUGUAUUUUCUUUUUUCUGCUGAGUCAAAUUAAAAAAUGAAUAAAAGAAAAAUAGAGGAAGAGGUUUUUCAACAGAAUAAGUUUGAAAAGUUAAAUAAUAUAGCUGAUUCGGAAGACGACGACGAUGACAGUGUUGAUGAAAAUAAUUAUGACGUGAUGCAAGAGCAAGAUAUUGAAGGUCAAGAAGAAGGAGUUGUCGGUCAAGAUGGUGAGAUACGAAUCACACCUUUUAAUAUGCAAGAAGAACUUGAAGAAGGACACUUUGAUAAAGAAGGAAUGUAUCACUGGAAAAAAGAAAAAGAUGUACAAGACAAUUGGCUAGAGAAUAUUGAUUGGUGUAAAAUUAAAGAUAUGUCUAAAGAAAAGAAAAACACUGAUGAAAAUGAAGAGGAUAAUGUAGAAUUUAAUGUCAUUGCUGCCUAUAAAGAAAUUUUAAGUAUGAUGGAACCCAAAGAGACCAUUUCAAAAUCAUUAAGGCGUUUAGGUGGAAACAAACGACUUACAACUGCUGAAAGAUGGAAAUUGAAAAAAGCAGGGUUGAGUACUGAUGAAGGUUCAUCUUCAAAAGUUACUAGACUUACAGAACUAGCUAAUCAAAUUUUAACAGCUAAUGGCAACAUGGACGUUUAUCAAGAAACUCAUGAGCAGAUUUCACAAAUUAUUUCAAAAUCAGAAAAGAAAGGUCAACCUUCAACUUCUCUGGCAUCAGAUUUAGACAUGUAUGCAGAAGAUUUUGAUUUAAAAGAAAAAGAAAAAUUAGAAAGCACAAUUCAGAGUGGUAAAGUAGAACCAGAAGAAUCAGAAGAGUUGUUAACGGGAGAAUCAUUACAGUGGGAAUACAAAUUUUCAUUAGAAAGUAAUGAAGUAUUUGGUCCAUAUAGUACUGAGCAAAUGCAAAAAUGGAAGGUAGAAGAUAAAUUUAAGGAACCCAUUUGGGUUCGUAAAUGUAAUUCAAACAGUGAUUUUCAUUCAUUUAUACGGGUUGAUUUUGAACUUUAUUUAUAAUUAUUUUUAGUGUAUGUGUUUAUUUAAUUUACAAGAGUAAUGUGUAUAAUUCAAAUUGAUUUUAAACCUGGAAUUGUAAUGGUUAUAGAUAUAUAUCAGAAAAAAAGAAAAAUGUUUCAUUAUUCAUUUAUUCUUGGUAACAUUAUCAAUCUCUGGUUUAAAGUCAUCUAAUUUGUAAAACUAACUGUUCAUUUUCAAGGAUUUAAGUUUAGAUCUAAUUUAAUGUACUUAUUCACAAUAUCUAUAUAGUUAUUUUAGUGUUUAUUACAUUUAUUAUGUUAAAAUAGUUUACACUUUGUUGAAUAUUAAAUUGGAAAUUGUACAGUUAGUGAAUUAAAUACAUACAUGCAAUAUA